CCCGCCACAAACCACCCCACUAUUGUCGUAGUGUGCCGUACUGCCGACGCGUUGUUAGUUGUGACCAUAGAACAAACAAUAGUUUUUGUCGCUCGUGACAAUAUUAACUUUUCUUGCGUGCAAAUAUUACGACGGCGGCAUAAUAAUAAUAAUAAUUGCAAUUAUUAUACAGUAUUAUUUUAUAUCACUCGCACACGCGCAUGUACAGUAUUCAAUAUUCAGUACAGGCAGUACACUAAUCGGCGCUAAACGUUGAAUACUUUAGCACCCGCUUCAAGUAUCGUGACAAAAACAUCGACUUUACGGGUGAGCAGAUAGUAUUGCUGGAUGGUUUGGACCGUAUUCGUAUCUCAUCCGACACUAAAAUUAAUGGAGAUGGCUCUCGCAUUGAGCGUCCUAUUUCGUGGACAACUGCUUACAAAGUGGCAAUGACUGAUGAUGCUGACAACUAAAUGCUACUGUGAUGUUACUUUAGCUACUGAAUGCUAAAUCUACAUYGACGACCGCAAGGUCUUUUACAACCAAUAUGACGAUACAAACUGCAUUAAGAGCUGUUAACCAUAAUUGCRAGGGAUACAUGCAAUAAUGAUUGCUUCAUUAAAGUUUAUCCGCACAGAAAUUGUUGCAAUGGCCGUUAUGUUAGUGCUGAUGCUGCUAGUCACCACUGCAGCUGCAUCUGUAUUACCAAUUGAACCAGUGGCCACCGCAGAAAAAGGGCCUGMCGGACAGCAGAAAAAACCAGGAGGGAAUGGCAUAUCGUCUAUAGAUCUAUACCACUCGAUGGAGAUGGGCGAACAGGAAAAGCUUGAAAGCCUCGGUAGCAAUGACGACGAGGACGAUAGCGAUAAAGAAAACGGUGACUCGCUGCUGUCCAUGACGAGCGGUGGUGACGACGACAGUGACAUUGAUCAGGAAAAUCUGGCGGAGUUGCUGACUUGCAUGUCGUGUUCCGGCAAGUUGCCUGCGCAGUGGGAUGCUGACAUAGACGAGCAGUCAUACUGUUUGUAUGACGGUGGCCAGCCACUGACUCAAAACAACGGUAAYGUGGAUGAAGAAUUAUAUGUGUGUUCGGGGGCUGUGCGCUGUUGGAAAACAAAAGUGCGUGAAGAGGAUGGCUUUGUGCGUAUCAGUCGUGGCUGUAUGGGCGGUGGACAUGGUGGUGGCCACCGACAUUCAAGCCAAACCAACGCGGAACUGCAUCCUUGUAUGGGUGCUAUUAGUAAUGAUUUGACAACAAAAAAUAAUGAUAGCUCAAAGCAACCUCGGAUCUGGACGUCUUCGCAUACUUUUUCAUCCGCGUCCGCCGGCCAGCAACUGCCACCUACCUAUGCGAUCGAAUGUUGCAAUGGCCGUGAUCGCUGCAACGAUGGUCCGUUUCCAUCAUUACCGGGUGGUGAUUUAUCAGCGAUCGACGACAACGGUUCUCUGCUAGCAGCUGUGACCGGGUGGUGGUGGUUAUCCAUCUUCGUGGCAGCGUUACUAUUCGCCGUUGYUAUUGUGGCUACAUUCACUUUGAAAAAUAGGAAACGGCGAAAAAGAAGUAAAAGUAGCAACAGUAGAAGGAGCAAACGGCGUAAUCGAAGUUCUACGGUUGAUGAUGAUUUUUUGCCCCCACCUUACCAACGAUGGAAUGACAACCAUCAAAAAGAUCACCAAGAAAAUGACUGGACCAGUGGCAGUGGGUAUGGCAUGCCCCUACUGAUUCAACGUACUUUGGCCAAGCAGAUACAACUCCGGCAACUCGUUGGCAAGGGUCGUUAUGGUGAGGUGUGGCGAGCCACUUACUGGAACGGCGGUCACGAGCAAGUGGCGGUCAAAAUAUUCUUAUCAAAGGACGAACCGUCAUGGAAACGAGAGACGGAAAUCUACAGCACAGUUCUGAUGAGACACGACAAUAUAUUAGGCUUUAUUGGUUCCGACAUCAUGACUUCACGCAACUCGUAUACUACGCAGUUACUGCUCAUUACUCACUAUCAUCAGCAUGGAUCAUUGUAUGAUUUUCUGCAGACUCCUGCUGCCUUGGCCGCUGGUACUAUGUGCAAUGGAUAUGGUGUCGACGCUAUUGAUACUGCGGGAGGUCGAAUUCAGCAAAUCGACCGAGACAGACCGCCGCUCACUGUGCGCCAAAUGUUAAAUGUGCUGUACACUGUGGCCAGCGGGCUGUGUCACCUGCACACUGAAAUCAACGGCACGCAGGGUAACGUAAAACCAGUUAUCGCACACCGGGACAUUAAGAGUAAAAAUGUGCUGGUAAAAUGCGCAAAAACGGGUGCGUGUUGUGUAGCAGAUUUUGGAAUGGCCGUGACUAGCCGGGAUACGACGCUCCCAAUUCAAACAACAACAGCCGCGGGUGCUAACCAAAAUACGAGAGUGGGUACAAAGCGGUACAUGGCACCAGAAGUUUUAGAUGACAGUAUUACCACUGCGGCCGCAUUGGCAUUAGCUUCUGCGUCCACUACAGCGACUACAGUGGCAUCCUCUUCAAACUUCUCCACCGACACCAACGAUACACCAAAGUGUAGGUGCUGCAAAAAGUAUUGCCAUGCUGACAUGUACUCUUACGCACUCGUCAUGUGGGAAGUCUUGUCCAGGACUCUCAUCACACCUGACAUUGACGACGUUGGACAAACUAUACAACGACCAAAUGACAAUCAACAACAAUUCGGCACAGAUAACAGAUACAACCCUUACGUGUACCGAGCACCAUACCAAGACCGUGGUGUUGGCUGGGACCCAGGGUUUGAUGACAUGCGCCGUGUUGUAUGCUCUUCUGAUCCUGAACAGAAUCGUCCUGGUGUGGCGGCUGAGUGGUGUGCAAACCCGAUAACAAAUGCUGUAGUGAUGGUAAUGCAACAAUGCUGGUUUGGCAGACCUAGCUCCCGUCUGGAUUCGAUGCGUGUUAAAAAGACUCUAGCUAAGCUCAUAGAAAAAUAUUCCACCAUAGAGACUGAACAGCAGGGCCAUAUUAGCCAAUAGGCACUAUAUAUAUAUAUAUAUAUAUAUAUAUACUAGCACAGCUUAUAUACUUAUAUGUGAACUAUGAUUACUAUUGACUUGAAGUAAUAAAUAACAGUGGCUGUGGUGAAAACUUAACUAUAAUAAAGAAAAUGUAUUACAUUUCUCUACUCCCUCCUCCACUUGUUCAUUCUUACAAUGUUAGUCAUCUAAAUUUUUUAACUAUUACAUGAUGUUAUAUAUAUAUAUAUUAUGUACAAUACUAUU